CAGGCUUGGUCGCACUGUAGUUUGCAUUCUAGAAGGAGUUUUCUCUUUCUUCGUUCUUUUUUUUUCGCUUUCUGUAUUUCGCCGCUGUUUUCCUACUUUGCCUGAGAUCUUUGCCAAUGUGCUACACGUAAAUGGGAACAUGGGUUGCCUAGAAUCAAAGUCCAAACAAGAAAGCCCGCCACCAGAGCCAAAAGUGUUCAGUUGGGAGCGAAAGGAUCGUCCUGACCCCAAAGACUACACGUUAGCUAACUUGAAGGAUGUGACGGUUGGUCGAUUGCCCGGGAAAGUCAAUGGCGAAGGCUUUGUUAUCCAAGACUGCCAUGACUGCAACAUCUACAUAUUUGAUAACUCUGCCACCAUCACUAUUGAUGACUGCGUGGGAUGUACAUUUUUUCUUGGGCCAAUUAAAGGAAGUGUCUUCUUCCGUGAUUGUAAUAAUUGCAAGGUAGCGGUCGCCUGCCAACAAUUCAGGACAAGAGAUUGCAAGAAGAUGGAUUUCUUCCUUCUUUGUGACUCCCAACCUAUCAUUGAGUCGUCCAGUGGCAUGAAGUUUGGCUGUUUUCAGUAUUACUACCCUGAACUUGAAGGUCAGUUUGAAAAGGCAUCACUAAGCGUAUACAACAACAACUGGAGCAACAUUUACGACUUCACACCUGCAGCUGGAGAGACGACAUGGAGUUUAUUGCCAGAGAAUUCUAAAGUAGAGGAUUUUAUUCCAUUACCAACAACGGAGGAGUUCUCCUCUAUGGAAAUUUCAACUGAUGUGCAAAGAAGUACGGUUCCGUUGACACUUGGCACCCGAAGAAAACCUUCAAACCAGUCUUGUCUUGUUGUCUUCUUUGAGUGUGCCGAGAAGAAACCUCAAAUCAAGGAGUUCAUACAGAAAAUCCAACAGCAGGGGUGUAUGCUGUGCCAAACAAAGCAAAUCAGCAUAAAAGGAGAGGAAAUUUCAAGAAUCCUGGGGUCUUCUGAAUAUAAUUCAUUAGCAGAGCAAGGUGCACUUGUCGGCCUAGAAGUGAAUGGCGAUAACUGUAUCCAGAUCUGCUCUGGUCAGAUCGGGUCUGCUGGAAGCGGUGUUUAUGUAUCACCAGACAACCAGAAAGCCAGCACCGACAUUGACCAGUUCUACAACUUCAUAGAUAUGUCCAUGUCAUGAACAGUCCAACAGGUUCCAAGGGAAAUUAUUUGACUAGCACUCCUAGAUCACCAUUCUCUUUUUAUUUUACUAUUUAUGCCAAAAAUACCACCAACAUGGUCAGAAUGGGGCCCCUCACUUGCAACCAUGUUCCCAGGGUCUUCUGGGUAAUUUUCAUGGCGUCAGCUGAAAUCCCUGAAGACCACGGGGGAGAUUGCUUUACUCGCUACUUAUUUUUAUUACUUUUUGACGUCUCCAUUUUUUAUUUUUCCAACCUUAUUUAAAAUCUUGAUGUACACCUUACUGAGUAGGUCGCGAGUAAAACAAAUAUCUUUCUGUUGUAUUUAGAGCUGUAAAUAUUUUGUUGUCGUGUCAUAAGUAAAAUUCAAAUAGAAUAAAAAUGAUAAAAGCA